UUUUCCACUGGCAUGCGUCAUAUACUGAGGAAGUAGUCCGCUUAUGCUUUGUUUAAGUUUAACGCAUGAUGGCCGCAUUUUCGAUGCUCUCUUUUUCCGAUUUGGUUCACAGCAAGUUUUGUUUAAUUUUUCUUGCUGUGUUUUUGACUCUUACCUACAUUUUGAAACAGAAAUCUCCGAAAAAGUUCCCUCCAGGACCAAGGUCAUUGCCAUUUAUCGGUGAUCUCCUUCGUAUUGACUCUACAAAAAUCCAUUUACAGUUGGCAAAGUUUUCAGAGCAAUACGGUGGCAUUUAUAGUAUUCAUUUGGGAACAAGGAUUGUUGUCCUACAUAACCUCAAAUGUGUCAAAGAGGCCUUCAUUCAAAAGGGGGAAAAUUUUGUGGAUCGGCCCCCAAUCCCAUUGUUUGAAGACCUCAACCCUAACCAUUACGGUGUGGUUUUCUCCAAUGGCUAUGCAUGGAAGCAGCAGAGGAGGUUUGCUCUCAUGACAUUGAAGAACUUUGGAUUGGGCAAGAAGAGUCUUGAGCCUUCCAUUCAGGCAGAAAGUAAAUGGCUGAGUGAAGCCUUGGGGAAUGAACAAGGCCAGCCAUUUGAUCCUCAGUUUGUUAUGAACAAUGCCGUCUCAAACGUUACCUGUUGUCUUGUGUUUGGUGAUCGGUUUGAGUACACUGACAGACAAUUUCAAGACCUACUGAAACGAAUAAAUGAAGCCGUCUAUUUAGAAGGAAGCAUUUGGGCACAGCUAUACAACGCAUUUCCUUGGAUAAUGCGUAAGGUACCUGGUCCCCACCGAAAAAUAUUUGAAAAUUGGGAUGAGGUGAUCUCCUUUGUGAAGUUGAAAAUUAAGGAACACAAGAAUGAUUUGGACCCAUCAGCACCCAGAGACUACAUUGACUGCUUCCUGGCAGAGAUGGACAAGUGGAAUAAUGAUGUGGAUGCGGGUUUCAAUGAAGAAAACUUGUGUUUCUGCACUUUGGAUUUGUUUGUGGCUGGAACUGAGACCACAUCAACAACGCUGAAUUGGGGCCUGUUGUUCAUGAUCAAAUAUCCUGAUGUACAAGAGAAGGUCCAGGCAGAAAUAGACCAUGUGAUUGGCCAGUCGCGCAUGCCCUCCAUGGCAGACCGACCCAAUAUGCCCUACACUGAUGCUGUGAUCCAUGAGAUUCAGAGGAUGGGAAACAUUUUACCACUGAAUGUAGCCCGUAUGGCUGUCAAAGACACACAAAUAGGAGAAUACAUCAUACCAAAGGGUACAAUGGUGCUGGGAACUUUAUCAUCUGCACUCUUUGAUGAGAGUGAGUGGGAGACUCCCCAAACCUUUAAUCCAGAUCAUUUCCUGGAUGCAGAAGGGAACUUCAGAAGAAGGGAUGCCUUCAUGCCAUUUUCAGCUGGUAAGAGGGUGUGUCUGGGGGAGCAGCUGGCUCGGAUGGAACUGUUCCUCUUCUUCACGUCUCUCCUCCAGAGAUUCACCUUCUCUCCCCCCCCUGGAGUGGAGCCCAGUCUUGAGUACAGAAUGGGAUUCACCCACUGCCCCAAGCCUUACAAGCUCUGUGCUGUCCCCCGCUGAGCACAGGUCUGUAAAACCCCACACAAACAAAUUUAGAAUAACAGGAAAAGUUGCAUUAAGAUAUCAUAUUAUCAAACAUAACAAAUUAUACUUUGCAUAAUCUUUUUUAUUACACUGAACAAAUUACUUAAACCACAGCAUAAAGGUAGAUAAGGAAAAUUGCUUCAACUUUAAUGGAUUGCUUAAACUCAAUUCCAUUAAAAACUUUAAUUCAAAAUCAGAAUAAUCUUUCCACAUAAAAAAUAAAAGCUUUAGAUAAAAAAAACCCUGAAAGCCUCAUUUGCUCCGACCUUCACCCAAAGUACAUUUCUGUAGAUCUAUGUAUAAUAAUAUGUAUAGAGAACAUGUAUUGUUUUCUAUACAUUGGAAAUAUGUGGUCAUGUUUGCCUUCUCUUGAAUCUUAUGUUAUAUAAAUAUGUGGUUGUGGAUGGACAUAUAUUGAAACUACUUUUGUAUUGUGUUCUUAUAUUAAUGCAUGCAUUCAGUGAUAUCUAUAGUAAUUUCCGUGUACACUUAAAGCAAAAAAUGUACUAAAUGUAUGUGAUUUUUGUACAAGAGAAUCUCAUACAAACGACUGCAAAGAUAUCAUCGAUUCCCCUGUUUCUGUUUAUUUUACGAUACUCCACAAAGCAAAAGAAGCAACAGGGAUCAUAAAGUACUGCAGAAGGAACCCUUUUGGAUUUAGAAAAUGUACACAGUUCCCCCAGGGAAUGGAUGAAGAGUCAUAGUUCUGUUUUAAUUACUUGUACCUGUAUUAAUUAAAAGCUUCGUUUUUAUUAGAAACUUUCUAACUUACCAUCAAAUUGGUUGAAUAUCUAACACUUUUUGGUCAUUUUCUGACCAGAUCCAACUUUGGCAUUGUAUAUUUUUUUAACAAAUGAUCUAUUCGACUUAAUUUUGCUUGUGGCUGAUCUUAAACAAGAUAUUUACUAGUAUUUCAAGUUUGGAUACCAUACACCAAGUCCCGCUGAUGUAGGAAGCCAUCAAAGUUUUUUUUGUGAAUUAAGCUCUUUCAAAUGAUUAAAACUGGCCAAAACAUAGUAGUAACAACUACAUUUUUGUACAUAAGUAGAACUAUUAUACCUUUUCACCUACAUAACUUUCCACUUUCCACCACACUCCUACCACGUGGUUGAAUAUGCAACACUUUUUGGUAAUUGUCCAGUCAUACCAAAC